UCACCGGUGGAGGUCGGAUGUCGCCUGACCGGAUGAUAGCGAGAAGUUUUGUUUUGUGAGUUUACGAAUGAUUGAUCCUCAGAUCAGCGCACGGAUCUUAACGAAUGCGCCCUAAUACGCGGCAUCUGCCCGUCAGCGAGUGUUUGAUCAGUUGUUUGUCUUUGACGGACUGAUCUGGAAGUGUUUGAAGGGUGCAAACUGAACACUUGGAAGUAACCCGAGCCCGUUCCUGCGCGCUGAGAGACGGUCAGAAACCAUGGGCAACCGGGGGAUGGAGGAUUUGAUCCCCCUGAUCAAUAAACUCCAAGAUGCUUUCAGUUCCAUUGGCCAAAGUUGUAACUUGGAUCUGCCGCAGAUAGCCGUGGUCGGAGGACAGAGCGCCGGAAAAAGCUCGGUGCUGGAAAAUUUCGUCGGCAGGGAUUUCCUUCCCCGAGGCUCCGGCAUCGUCACCCGCAGGCCUCUCAUUCUGCAGCUAGUUAACAACAAAGCUGAAUAUGCGGAAUUCUUGCACUGCAAAGGAAGGAAGUUCGUGGACUUUGAUGAAGUCCGGCAGGAAAUUGAAGCAGAGACCGACAGGAUUACCGGGUCCAAUAAGGGCAUCUCUCCUAUUCCCAUCAACCUGAGGGUUUACUCGCCACACGUAUUGAAUCUGACUCUCAUCGAUUUGCCCGGUAUGACUAAGGUUGCCGUGGGCGACCAGCCGCCAGACAUCGAGCAUCAGAUUCGAGACAUGAUUAUGCAGUUCAUCUCUAGGGAAAGCUGCCUGAUCCUCGCUGUCACCCCGGCCAACACUGACUUGGCCAACUCGGACGCUCUCAAGGUGGCUAAGGAAGUGGACCCUCAAGGACUGCGUACCAUCGGUGUGAUUACUAAACUGGAUCUAAUGGAUGAGGGUACAGAUGCCCGGGAUAUCCUGGAAAAUAAACUCUUACCACUGCGUAGAGGUUAUAUUGGCGUAGUGAACCGAAGUCAGAAAGACAUAGAUGGCAGGAAGGACAUUCGCGCUGCACUGGCAGCAGAAAGGAAGUUUUUCCUGUCCCACCCCAGUUACAGACACAUGGCUGAACGAAUGGGAACACCACACCUGCAGAAGGCCCUCAACCAGCAAUUGACCAACCACAUCCGGGACACGCUACCCGGCUUGCGCAGCAAACUCCAGUCUCAGCUUCUCUCUCUGGAAAAAGAGGUGGAAGAGUAUAAGAACUUCCGCCCGGAUGACCCUACGCGAAAAACCAAGGCCCUGCUGCAGAUGGUCCAGCAGUUUGGAGUGGACUUUGAGAAGUGCAUCGAGGGGUCCGGAGACCAGGUGGACACGGCAGAGCUGUCCGGAGGUGCCAGGAUUAACCGAAUUUUCCAUGAGCGCUUCCCCUUCGAGCUGGUCAAGAUUGUGUUUGACGAGAAGGAGCUCCGGCGAGAAAUCAGUCACGCCAUUAAGAACGUCCAUGGUGUCAGAACUGGGCUGUUCACUCCAGAUCUGGCGUUUGAAGCCAUGGUGAAAAAGCAGGUCAUUAAGCUGAAAGAGCCCUGUCUGAAAUGUAUCGAUCUGGUUAUUCAGGAGCUCAUCAACACAGUCAGGCAGUGCACCAACAAGCUAGGCUCUUACCCCAGACUGCGAGAAGAGACCGAGAGGAUUGUCACUACUUACGUCAGAGAGAGAGAAAACAAGACCAAGGACCAGGUCCUUUUGCUGAUUGACAUUGAGCUGUCAUACAUUAACACCAACCAUGAGGACUUCAUUGGAUUUGCAAACGCCCAGCAAAGGAAUAUCGUCAACAAGAAGAGGGCCAUUCCCAACCAGCUAGGUGGCCUGAGAGAAGGCGAAGCCGAGAAGGUGAUCCGUAAAGGCUGGCUAACCCUCAACAUCAGCAUUAUGAAGGGCGGCUCCAAGGAGUACUGGUUCAUCCUGACGGCCGAAUCGCUUUCCUGGUACAAGGACGAGGAGGAAAAAGAGAAGAAAUACAUGCUUCCUCUGGACAACCUGAAGCUCAGAGACGUGGAGAAAGGCUUCAUGUCCACUAAGCAUAUUUUUGCAAUCUUCAACACUGAGCAAAGGAACGUGUAUAAGGACUUGCGUCAGAUCGAGCUGGCCUGUGAUUUGCAGGAGGACAUGGACAGCUGGAAAGCUUCUUUUCUUCGAGCAGGCGUUUAUCCUGAGAAAGAUCAGGUGGAGUCAGAAGAGGCUGCUCCAGCCGACACCUUCUCUAUGGACCCUCAGCUGGAGAGGCAGGUGGAGACCAUCCGUAACCUGGUGGACUCUUACAUUGGUAUCGUCAACAAGACCAUCAGAGACCUCAUGCCCAAAACUAUCAUGCACCUCAUGAUCAACGGCGCUAAAGACUUCAUCCACUCAGAGCUGCUGGCGUACUUGUACUCCUCAGGAGAUCAGAACAGUCUGAUGGAGGAGUCUGCUGACCAGGCCCAGCGCAGAGACGAGAUGCUGCGUAUGUACCACGCCAUAAAAGAGGCCCUCAGCAUCAUCGGUGACAUAAGCACCAGCACUGUGUCCACUCCUGCGCCUCCGCCCGUCAACGAUACCUGGAUUCCAGAGACGAGCCCCACCCCACAGCGCAGACCGCCUACAUCUGCCCCGCCCCCCAGCAGGCCUCCUGUCUUAUCUCUUCCUGUCCUUUCUGCCUGUCUCAUCUAG